GCCGUUUUGGUCCCAUAACCAGGGCAAAAGCUGGACUGAAAUGGGUCCAGAAUUGGUGUUGUUGUUCAGCUUCCUGCUCCAGACGGUGGUUUAUUUGCUGCCAUGUUUAUUUUUUUAUUCUUAUAUCCUUUAUUAUUAUUGUCCUGUGUCGUUUCUUCCAACCUCAAUACUUCACCUCCUAUCUCCCCUCCCUAUAUCUAAUGGAUGAAAUAGCUAGGUAUAGAGGAGGUAUUCCAAAAAUAUAGUCAGGUCUGUGUAAUAGCUCCUUCUAACUACUAGGUGGCUUCCCUAUUCUUUCUCUCCUUCCCCUUCCCCCUCAUCUCUGUCAGCCUUUGUCUCAGACUGCUCUUUUUAACUUCUCAGUCUGCCUGCAGUAAUAAUAAUAAUAAUUUUUUAUUUAUACCCCGCCCUCCCCAGCCAAGGCCGGGCUCAGAGCGGCUUACAAGCAAUAAUAAAAACAAGAAGAAUGAUUACAACUUAAAAACAAAAAUAAAAUACAACAUUAAAAUAAUGGAACAUUAAAAUAUUAAAAUGUAGAUAAGGAGUCCUGUUCUCAAAAAAAAUUUGUUUUCCUGACCAAAGUCCUGGAUGUUAAUUGUAAUCCACAAGGGGGGUAGAUUCAGUUGAACAAUACUGGUAAAUAUAAGGAAAAUGUAAAAACGGUAAAAGUAAUCCAAUCUAUCAAACAGGAAAUAUACAAAAUAUUAUCUUCAGUUCUUCUACGCCUAAUCCAAUUUUCACCCCAAUCGCUGGGAAAUGGGGGAAGUGGAGUUACCUCCACCAAACAGGGCAACGUAUUACCAGAAACAAAGCAAAAAGAAAAAUAGUAUUUCAACUCCCAGUUGAGUCUAAUCCACUUUUUGCUGAUUCUCCUUACACACGGUUCCACAGGAAAAAGGAAACUGUUUUACACUGACACAUAGAGACUAUAGCUUUGCCCAUGGUUUCAACCUUAUAUCCAUUGUUUUAAAAGUCACUUUCUGCUGGGUAUUCUAAUAAAAGACACUGUUCAUUUCGCUCCACAAACUUUUUAAUAGAUAAGGCACCCUUGAGGCAUGGUGAGGCAACUGCCUCAGGUGGCAGGAUCCCCAGGAACAACUGGUCGUGAUGUAGAUAUUUAUUCACACUUAUUCCUGAUGCAAAUCUUCACUCUCACUUUCUUCCCUGGCGGGGAGCGGAGCACCAGUUUGUGGUUCACCUCAGGUGCCAAAAUGUAUUGGACCAGCUCAAGGGGUUCUUCAUUGGGCAACUCAGCUUGGAGGUAAAAAAUGCAUAAAUCUGGGAGUCUUUAGCCUGUCUUCCCCACAACAUCAUACCAGCUUUGGCAUGGUUUUCUGUGCUAUGGAAGCUUUUCUGUACUGCCUAUUGCCCACAGGCAGGCCAGCGGCAUCAAGUCCUUCAGCAGCUGCAGUAUAAAAGAUUUCCGGAAUUUUCUGGAGUCCGGAGCAUCGCAGUGCCUCUUGAACAAGCCACGCAUGGAUCUCAUGUACAGAGCCCCCUACUGCGGAAACAAAGUGGUGGAAGACGGGGAGCAGUGUGACUGUGGCACAGCAAAGGAAUGUGAAAGCAAUCCAUGCUGUGAGCCAAAUUGUCUGUUGAGAAGAGGGAAAGCCUGUGCCCAUGGUGAUUGUUGCUGGUCGAGGUAUUGCAGGUUGAAAGCAAAAGGCACAUUAUGCAGAGGCACUAAAGAUGAAUACUGUGAUCUGAAGGAAUACUGCAAUGGUACCUCUGCUGAGUGCACAGAGAAUUUUUAUGUCCAGGAUGGACAGAAUUGUGAGGGGGAGACAGGGAUUUGCAUGGAAGGAACAUGCCAAAGUGCAGAUUUGUGGUGCCGCAAAGUAUUUGGAAAAGAUUCAAAAAGUGGAUCAUCUCAGUGUUAUGAGGAAAUCAACAGUCAAAAGGACAGGAUGGGACAUUGUGGUUCCUCUGCCAAAGGAUAUGAGAACUGUCAGUGGCAGGACCUCAAGUGUGGCAAGCUGGUGUGUGAAUAUCCAGGUAAAAAGCCUUAUGCUAUCGAAAAUGCAGCGAUAAUUUAUGCAAAGGUGCAGAAUCGCUUGUGUGUCACUUUGGACUACAUGAAAGGGCCGGGAGUGAAGGACCCAUUCUUGGUUCGUGAUGGCUCCAUCUGUGGGGAUAAUAAGGUUUGCAUGACCCAGAAGUGUGUGGAUAGGUCUAUAUUAAAAACAACUUGUGAUCCAGUGAAAAAGUGCAACAGGAAAGGAGUAUGCAACAAUAAAGGAAAUUGCCACUGCAAUAUGGGGUGGGCCCCCCCUGACUGCACAAUGGAAGAUAGAGGAGGCUUGGGUGGAAGCAUUGACAGCACAUUUCGAAGUGCUGCAACUGUAGACGAAACUCUCAAUGUUGGUACAGCUACAAGAAACUGGCUCCUGAUUAGCUUUUUCCUUUUCCUGCCUGUCCUGAUUGGCUCUGUCAUCUUGAUCAUAAAACUGAGGGACUUUUUCUCAAAUGUGAAAGGGGAGGAGGAAGAGGAGGAAGAUGCAGAAGAGGAAGAAGAGGAAGGAAAAGGUUAUGAUACGAAAAGAUCUCAACAAGUUCAUCAGCCACAGACUGCAAGUGUAUAGACCAUUCCCUGACAGAUGAAGACGAAGGAGCCACCGCUCUCCAGGCCCCACGCUCUCCGCUGCCGCUGCCACAUGUGGUGACGCCAAUAGUCCUCUCCAGCCUCCACAGUGGCCAAAGCUGUCCAACCGAGGCAGUGAGAGGACAGGAGGCAGCACCAGACUGAGAAGAAGUGCAGGCACCGCCACCGCCACCAGCAGUGCUGACAGCCAUGUGCCUCCUGGGCUCCCUCCACCUUCCACACGGGCUCCUCACGCACCCUCAGCCCAGCUGCUCAGUCCACCAGAUGGGCGGAACACCUGCACCACCCUUGGGCACUGGCAAUGCAUGCUAUGCCACUGGGCGCACCCAGAGGCAAUGGCAAGCAGAACCAUCCUCUGACUAGCUACAAGUGAAAAGGCAGGCAACUACUGGAGGAAGCCAGGCCGAGGUUGGUGGGGCAGUUCCCUAUUCACCCUUACAGACCAGCCUCCACUCUGGUUGCAUGGAGUGAGUGUGGUUGGGCUCAGCUUAGGGGGAAAAGGAUACAUUUUCUGGGACCUGGUCUUUGAUCAGCCUGGACCUGGUCUUUGAUCAGCCUGAGAACGGUGCUUCUUCUGGUAGAGAUGGGCCAGAAAGUUUUAUAAGACCAGGGGAGUGGUGGUUAUUACUAGGAGGACUGGGGAUGGGGCUUUUGCUGCUGGUCUCUGCAGCAGCACCUUCUUUCCAAGGCCAUGCAUGGGCAGAGUGAGAUGGGAGCAGUGCAUGGACUCAGUGGUGCACUGAAUGAGGGCCAGUAAAUUGACUUUGAAUCCUAGCAAGAUGGAGGUGCUGUGACUGAGUCACAAACUCUGGAUAAUGGGUGAUUUUUUUGCUUUGGAUGGGGUUACACACUCCCUGAAAGUGCAGGUUCGUAGUUUGGGGCUGCUCCUGGCUCCAUCUUCGUUACUUCGUUACAGAUGACCUCAGUGCCCAAGAGUGCCUUUUACCAGCUUCAGCUGGUGAAGUAGCUACAGCUGUUUCUGGACUGAGAUAGCCUGCCCUAGAAGUUGCAGGUGGCGCAAAUUUUCACUCACUGGGGCAGGAUUUCACCAACACAUUACUCUGCUGUUGAAAAAAUUACACUGGCUGACAAGUAGCUACAGGGCUAAGUUCAAGAUGAUGGUUUUGGUGUAUAAAGCCCUAUAUAACUUGUCUGACCCCUUAUAUUCGCAACCACUUGCUGUGCUCGACAGAUGAUGGCCUGCAGAUUCCAUCUUAUCAAGAGGUCCAUUCUAUAUGGUGUAGCAAUUGCACCUUUAAUGUCGACACACCUACUUUUUGGAAUACCCUCUCACGGAAUAUUAGGUGCCAUCUCUUCCAACAAGUCUUUUUACUUCAAUGUUUUUCCCAGUUUGCAUCUAUACUGGAAUAGUUUUAAAUACUAUUUUUGAAUGUUUUAUUGCUUUAUCACUUGUUUGCUGCCCUGGGCUCUUAAAAAAAAUUAAGUACAAGCAUCCAUAAUUGAAUUGUACAAUAAAAACAAACCCGUUGAACAACA